CCGGAAGUGACAUCAUUGUUGCCGGAAAUGCGGUUUGCUUACUUAUGCGGAAAAAUGGCUGCCGCCAGUUUGGCUGUCUUGUGCCGAAGAGUCUCGGCGGCCUUGAAGGCUUCCAGGUCGUUAAUAAGUCCUCAGGCCCCUGCUAGCACAAGUUGCAGGUUUUCUCUUAGUCUGUUGACUAAGAAUACACCAAAUGUCACAUCUUUUCACCAGUGUAGAUUACUUCAUACCACAUUGUCUAGGAGAGGACUGGAAGAAUUUUUUGAUGACCCAAAGAACUGGGGGGAAGAAAAAGUGAAAUCUGGAGCUUCAUGGACCUGUCAGCAAUUAAGGAACAAAAGUAAUGAAGAUUUACAUAAACUUUGGUAUGUUCUCCUGAAAGAAAGAAACAUGCUCCUAACUCUAGAACAGGAGGCUAAGCGGCAGAGAUUGCCAAUGCCAAGUCCGGAGCGGUUAGAAAAGGUAGUAGAUUCCAUGGAUGCAUUAGAUAAAGUUGUCCAGGAAAGGGAAGAUGCCCUCAGACUUCUUCAGACUGGUCAAGAAAAAGCUAGACCUGGUGCUUGGAGAAGAGACAUCUUUGGAAGAAUCAUCUGGCACAAGUUCAAGCAGUGGCCUAUACCUUGGUACCUAAAUAAAAGAUACAGUAGAAAACGAUUCUUUGCAAUGCCCUACGUGGAACGUUUUGUCAGAUUGAGAACUGAGAAACAAGCCCGCAUCAAAGCAAGGAAGAGAAGUUUAGCAAGCAAGAAAGAAAAGUUUCUUCAGGAAAAGUUUCCACAUCUUUCUGAAGCCCAGAAGUCAAGUCUUGUCUAAGAUAUCUGAACUCUUAAUUUACCAUUUUGUUUUUCUUGGAUUACAAUCUGCAUACAAAAGUAAAUACAUAUUAAGUGGUUUAUAAAUAACUUGUGUUUUUAGUCAAAUGACUGUCGACUGUUUUAAGUGUUAUUAUGGCAUGCUAAAUCUGGAAGUGGUCAAAAUCAGGUAUAAAGUUCAGAUUAAAAAUUCCCAUUUUGUAAACUCUGACAUCUAAGCAGACUUUUAAUCGCCUGUAUCUUAGAGUGGGAAAGUGAUAUCAACUGCUAUAGCAAAGGCAAUAAGGUAAUUCUGGAAUUCAGGUAACCUUUUUACUACUAUUGUUACUAGAUAUGAAGGGGCUGUGGAUUCUACUGUUAAUAAACAGUGAGUAAUUCCAUUCAAAAUAAUGAUAAAUACAUUUAGUACUUAAAGUAGCAAGUUACAACACAGCAGUCCAAAAAAAAAGUAUUUCUGGAAUGGCUAGUAAUUUUUAUUUAAUUUUAAAAGCCUAAGGUAAAAAACAUAGGCAGUAAGUUUUACUAGUCAAUAAAAAGCAAUUCUACCAUAAACAGAGUUGGAAAGCAUUUUACUGAAAGCAAAAUAUUUAGAGAAAAUAGACAUUUAUACAAAAUUAUAAAAUGCUUGUAAUAAGAAUAAGUGCAUUUCAAGGAAAGCACAAACUUAUUUUAAUUUACAGAGCCAGUUAAAGCCUUAAAAAAUUGAAGUGGAAAUUGAAAUAUGCAAAAAUGUAUAAACAUUCUACAAAAGAUGGUUGUUCUUUUCCUGAGUAUACUAAAGCUAUGAAACGUAAGGUGACAGAAGGUAGACGUUUGGGAACUCUUCUCAAGGGCAUUUCCUUUCUACACACUGCUUCCCUCCUUCUUCAUAUUCCUGUUUGGAAAUCCACAUCUGCUGAAAGGUGCCC